UUGUAUCGCCGGCGUCUGUCAGUGUUGUUUUGUGUUGACGUUUGGCGUGACGUUGAUAUUCCAAAACAAAGACGUAGUUGUCUUUCUUUUCCUUGGUACCUGUCAUGUGCAGCGAAUAAAUCAUGUAUAUUGGACGCACGUUUGGUGUACUUGUUGAAGUACUAAUUCUUCAAGCAUGUUUUUCUCUGACAGUCAUUUCGAAAGAUACUGCGCAGGUCCCGAUCGUUCUUUGGCAUGGAAUGGGAGACAGUUGCUGUAACCCUCUCAGCUUGGGUUAUUUGAAAUCAAUUUUGGAGGCCCAUCUUGGUAAUGUCUACGUGAAAUCACUUCAAAUAGGCGAAACAUUCCUCGAGGAUACUUACAAUGGAUUUUUCCUCAAUGUCAAUAGUCAAGUUGAAGAAGCAUGCCGACUAAUUGCAGAUGAUAAAAAGUUACAAAAUGGUUAUCAUGCCAUUGGAUUUUCUCAAGGAUCUCAAUUCUUGCGAGCUGUUGCCCAGCGAUGCCCUUCUCCACAGAUGCGUGUUCUCAUUUCAUUAGGAGGACAGCACCAAGGCGUGUAUGGCUUACCUCACUGCGAGUACCCACAACAUUCAUGGUGUGAUUAUGUACGCAGAAUACUAACCCAAGGAGCCUACUCUAAAUGGGUACAGAAAGGCUUGGUGCAAGCUCAAUACUGGCAUGAUCCGAGAUACCUGGAUGAGUAUCGUGAGCACAGCCUAUUCCUUGCAGACAUAAACAAUGAGAGAACUCCUCGUAAUACAAGUUAUGCUACAAAUCUAGCUAAACUGGAGAAAUUUGUACUGGUUCGCUUCAACAAUGAUUCUAUGGUUCUACCAGUUGCCUCUGAAUGGUUUGAGUUUUACGCACCUGGUCAAGCAGUAGAAAUACAACCACUGGAAGAAAGUGCCAUUUACAAAGAGGAUCGGAUUGGAUUGAAACGUCUAGCUGACAGUGGCCGUUUACAUCGCCUGGCUAUUGAUGGCGACCACCUGAAAUUUACUGAAGAAUGGUUCCUUUCAAACAUAGUAGACAAAUACUUACGAACGUGAAAUUUGUGAACCAAUAGUAUUUUGUAUUGCUCAAGAAUGCAUUUUAUGCCACUUUGUGAUAUUUAGGCUGUCCCUUUAUAGUUGAUCAAUAUGCUGCUCUCUCUUUUUACUGUUAUAAUUAUUUUUUUUACCAAUAGUUUACUUUAAUCGAUUU